AUGGAACAUGCCGUGGUGGCCAGUUACCGCCCACAAAAUACUGUGUUGUACCGUGGUUUCUGGGCGUUGAGUACGGAAACGGAAAAGGAAGCAAAAGGUCGAUACUUGUGCAAGUAACAGCGAAUUGGAGAAACGUUCUUCACCGCGGUCGUGGCAUACCCAUCACGAUCAAUUCUGUUGUGGGUAGUCAAAUUAACCCUUUUGGGUCUACAGGCCUUCUGACAGAUCAUUGAUUGGUCAUUUUUUCCAUAUUUUUUUUCCUAAUAGCGCCGAACAGAUGGUCUAGUCGUAUGGAGGAGGAUACGACAGAAACCCCGAACCACAUGCAAUGGAGUUGUAGAGCACACCAGGAUAGAGCGCGCCCGCCCCACCAACACAUAGCUGCAAACACAUGAAGCAUCCACCAGAGGUGCGCCGAUAGGUCAUGAGGAGGCCUCCACGCCCCGCGUGGUCUGCCCUGCCUAUCUGGGUGGCGUUGUUGGUAGCGCUUGCGGUAGCGCUGCUGGCAGCGCCAGUUGCCAUUCCUGCUCGUACAUCGGCUUUGGCCGUCUCUCUCCGGCAGCCACCCACACUUGCUGUGAACGCGGCCACUGAGGACAGCGAGCUUGGCAUGGAGGCCAGCGGAUAUGCAAUCGACCCAAGCAUUCCGACUGAUGAUGAGGAUGACUAUGAGUUUGAUAUGGGCGCAUCGUACAAACCGAUAUAUGCUGCGAACUCGCACAAAGCUGGUCACAAUACCCGGGGAGCAGCUCGGCAGCUACGGCAACAACAACAGGCGCCGGCAUCACCGGUCACGCCGUCGCUCCGGACGACUUUGCUCGGGCCGCAACAGCGGCAGCGGCAACAGCAGCAGCAGCAGCAGCAACAACCAUCUCCGCGGGAGCGCUUGGGUCUAGGAAGUGUACCGAACUCGCAUGACGCUGGUCACAACACCCGCGAUGUAGGCGGGCAACAGCGGCAACAACAGGGGACCCCGGAGCUACCGGUCACGGACCGGCUCCCUACGACCUCGCGUGAGGCGCAACAGCCGCAACACCAGCAGCACCAGCACCAGCAACCAUCCCCACCGGAUUCUUCUCCGGCGAACCCGGCUGUAUGUGUCGCUUUCAUUCGCCGCAGCGCACGACGUGGCGAAAUGUGCGGCAACAAGGUUGGAGGUAGGACGGCAGGAUUUUGCAAGCAUCAUGACGGCCUACAGAAGCGCCGAAAGACGGCGUCAGGUGCAGCUCUUGGAGUGGGGGGCAGCGUCGAGGCAGGCAACUAUGACUCGCAGUCGGAGUUGGGUGGUGGUAUGGACGAAUCGCAUACUCCUGGCGCACGUCCUUUCAUUUCGAAUCCAAGGAACUGCACUACGCGCAGGCCUCCAAGAUCGAGGAUGAGGGUUUCCGGAGAGCGCAGGAGAGUGUGUGGCACCUCAAGCGGAUCAAGCCCCCAAAACCAAAGGCUGUUGAACCACCCCCCCCUCCAAUCCCGGACGAUCCGAAAGGGUGGGUGCUCGAGGGACUACCCCGUGACGAGUCAUCCGAUCCGUACAAGAGGCGGCACAAACACCCCGGCGGCGACAAAUUCAGCGUAUCGGACCAGCUGAAGGCGAGUCUACCGAAGGUCGACAAACAAGGGCUAGCUGUUUUGCGUUCUUUCGUCAACGGGAAGGGUGGGGGUCACCCCUUCAUGUUCUUUGAGAAGACUUUCCCGACGGAGGAGCAGGACGUCGUCCUGAGGGAGACGAACGGGUACGUCAACUUCUGCGCCGAUGAGUCUGACCCGCCCCUGGAACACCAGGAACCUCGACAUCGGGCGAAGAAGGUGACGCGGGGAUUUCAGAGGGUGCAAGGACCUGGCGGAUGGAUCUCGAGCGUACGCCUUCGAGCGCAGGCACCUGUACGG